AUGUCCGAUCGGACGAGCUUCAACGAAAAGCACAUCAAUGAAAAGGUCACUGAUUCACUUGAUUCACCACCGAGUGAAUUGGAUCAUGGCAUUGUUAAAGAUUGGGAUGAGGAGGAGUCGGCUGUGACACGCAAAAUUGACUUCAUCCUCUUACCGACCCUGGCCCUCGCCUUUUUCUGUCUCCAGAUGGAUCGAGGCAAUAUCAGCGCGGUUCUCACCUCAACUAUUACCACGGACCUGAAUAUCACCACCAACCAGAUCAAUAUCGGUACUCAAUUGCUCUCUGCCGGCAUUGUUCUCGCCGAGAUCCCUUCGAACAUAAUUAUGCAGCGCAUUGGGCCUCGCGUGUGGCUCUCCGGUCAACUCUUCGCUUGGGGGCUGGUCGCGACCUUCCAAGCUUUUGUCCAGUCGUAUCCCGCAUUCCUGGUCACUCGCAUCUUGCUGGGCUUCUGUGAGGGUGGUUUCAUCCCUGGUGCUUUAUACUACCUGUCCACCUGGUAUAAAAGAGAGGAAACCAGUCUGCGGACUAGUCUCUUCUUUUAUGGUCAGAUGUUUGCCUCAGCGACAUCAAGCCUGAUCUCCGCAGGCCUGCUGCGCCUUUCUGGAACGCAUGGAAUGGAGGGUUGGCGAUGGAUUUUCCUGGUGGAGGGUCUUCUCACACUAUUCAUCGGCAUAUUCUUCACUCUCCUUGUCCCACCAAAGGCAGGCGAUGGCCGCCCGCUCAUCGCCUUCGGUCGCUGGAGCUACUUCACCGAACGCGAAUCGCACAUCAUUCAGCCGCGUAUCAUGCAGCACGUCUUCCUCACUCUUGUCUCCAUGUCUGGGUUCCAGGGUAUCACUCAAUAUACCCCUAGCAUGAUCAAGUCCCUUGGAUUCGACUCCAUCAAGGCGAAUGCUUUGACCUCGGUCCCGGUGUAUUGCAGUAUCAUUUGGUUGACGAUUUUGUCGCUUGCUUCAGACUGGACUGGUCACCGAGGACCCUUUGUGUUGAUUGCCAUCACUUGGAAUGUCAUCUCCUACGUAUGCCUCAAGACAGCACCAUACACGCUGGAGAAGUGGCAUCGAUACGGAAUAAUUGCGGUCGCCAAUGUCUCCUAUUGCAGCAUGCACAUCCUCAACGUAGGCUGGCUGUCUAUCUACUGUCACACCCCGCAGGAGCGAAGUGUUGCCAUGGCCCUGGUGGUGAUGGCGGCCAAUUGUGCUGGUAUCUCCGGCUCUCAGAUCUUCCGCACCGCAGACGCGCCCAAAUACACGCACGGUCUGACAGCGAUCUGUGCCUUGGCUGGAGCAUCAUGGGGCCUUGCAGCCAUCCUUGGUGCGCAGUAUUAUAUUCGGCGUCGCAAGGCAGGCGGAAAUGAA